AUGCGUGCCAAGCAAACACCCAGACUUCCAGGAUUGAGUCCGGGACUCCCACAUAUAGUGAAUCUCCCAAAAAAAUUGCUAAUUCAAAAAGAACUUGAACCACCGUUCAGAGGCAAAAUCAAUCAUCCAACAGCAACCAAGAAGUCCGAUUCAAGUGAAAUGCAAAUCCGCGGGAAUAAAGGAAAAAGAUUGAGACUACAACUAGAUGAGGAUUUGAAAACUCCCACCCCUCGUGGAGCAAAACAUUUAGAUUUCCGAAAAGCUGUGUACCCAACUUAUGAUACUCCAAAUGAUGGAGGGGAAACAUUGUUUGGCUACAAACACUCAUGGGCUGCGAAGAUCUAUGCGACAAAGGAUCAUAACGAUGCAGUUCGUCUUAUUAAACGUCAAAAAGCGUCCACAUGGUAUCUUUCUUUGGAGUGUGACGAGUUUGUAGACAAGGUUAAAGAAUGUGUGUUAUGGAGAGAUAUUGAGUUAGCACAUGUGAAAUUUGACACUGUUGCCGUAUCCGCAUUUCUCGAGAGGCAUUAUCCCGAGACAUAUACUAUGCAUCUUCCAUUCGGCAAGAUGGGAAUUACUCCCGAUGAUUGCCAUAAUAUCACCGGCUUACCAGUUGAAGGUAAAUGUCUUCGAGAAGGCUGCAACCCCUCAAUGAGUUAUGAAGCUCUUGAAUAUUUUGCUCUAAAAUGUCUAGGAUGGGAUGCAAGAAAGUCUCAAUGUGAGUUUAGACGUGCUGUGAGGUCCCCUCAACGUGGAGAUGAGUAUAAUCCAAGAGAGGCAAAUGGACCAUUGAAGAAGAAUGUCAAGAAGUUCAAGUUGGUAAAGUUGAAGGAAGCAUUUGGAGGGACAAAAAAGAAGGUAGAGAAAGGAAAGUUGGUGAUGGACAGGGAGACCCUUAGGCAUCAUGUCACCGCUUUUUGGUUAUAUAUGCUAGGAACUGUCAUUUUCCCCGAAGAGAUGAGCAAAGGGUCGAGGAUUAAGUGUAAUCAAAUUGGAGGUUACUUAACUCUUGUUCAGGUUUGGAUUUACGACCACUUCCGUAAAUUGGGAUUGCCUAGGGCAAAAGACCCUUAUCCCUAUGACCAACCUACAAUAAGAAAAUGGUUGUUUUUGGAUGCACAAAAGAAGUCUAAAGAAGAGCAAUUGACUUCGUUGAGGGAGAAAUUGGAUAAACUUACGGUGAACGAUGUGGUAUUUCACCCAUACGCCGUACCCGAUGAUGUCUCUGUAGGUGAAGACGACUUGAAUGCUUUCUCUGGCGUCACACCUUACUAUGGACCAAUUUGGUAUCCUAACGGCUACACAAUAUAUAAUCCAAGGAGAAUACUAAGACAACUUUGUUGCGUCCAAAUGGAUCCCGACGUAGAGAAAGAAAAUUUCACUUUGAUGGUUCAAGGAACAAAGAACACUGAGAAGUAUUUUGAGCCAAAUCAUGAACCAACUCCUGCGGUAGCACAUUGGAAUGCACUUACUAACUACCUGUAG